AUGCCAACGCAAGAAGGCCGAAUCACGAAGCUCAAAGCCCGGCGAUCUCAAACGUCCGCACAACGCGUCCCCAGCCAAAAAAGUCAAGUUCCAUUAGUCGAGCGCACGAACGCGCUAAGCAUCGAAGACUUCAUCUCAUUCUACGUGUCUCCACAUCAAGAUGCAUCAUCUAACCAAUCAACCAAAACCCCACGAGCCAAUGAGACAGAGUCAGUCCAGCCAAAACGACCGCUGCAAAGCAAUGCGGCACGCGACACGUCGCUGGAAAUAUACUCCGCCGCAACCAUCUCUACGGCAGACCUAGACGCAUGUCUAGAUCUCGUCGAACUCACGUCCAGCGAAGCCUAUGCGGCCUCCGGCGCGGGCUGGUCUCGGCCUAAGAAGCGAAAGGAGAUGAAGCUGCCGGAUAUGAAGUACCUUAUUGUACGCGACUGCGCCGCGUCCUCGGCUGAUAUACGGCGGGAAGCCGGUGUCGGUGCCGGUACCGAUAAAGCCGACGAGCCGAAGAUUGCGGCAAGAAGCUCAGAGAAUGUGAAUGGCAGUCUGAACGGAAGUGCGAAUGAGCAUGCCAAUGAUAAAAGUGGUGUUCUUGGCUUCUUGUCUUUCAUGAUUACCUAUGAAGAUGGAAAAGAGGUUGUUUACUGCUACGAAAUUCAUUUGGCGGCAGCGGCUCGGGGGCGAGGGCUUGGGGCUUUGCUGAUGAGUCGGAUGGAGGAGAUCGGUCGGUCGGUCGGGGUGAAGAAGGCUAUGCUGACGGUUUUCAAAUCUAAUGUGAAUGCGUGCAGGUUCUAUGAGAAGGGUGGGUAUGUCAUUGAUGAGUAUUCGCCUCAGCCGAGGAGAUUGCGGAAUGGGACGAUCAAGGAGUUUGAUUAUGCGAUUUUGUCAAAGCGCUUGGAGUGA